CUGCGUCGUAUUCACUCCUACGUGGGAAUUCCAACUCACUUUUGCAUAGGUCAUCUUGAGGUUGGCUCUUAGCAGGUCCGACUUUGAUUGUUCGUAUCAUCAAUGAUGGCACUGAUAACUUUGUAUUUUCAGAUAUAUUGUAAUCACCAGGGCAUAUCACAAUCAUUCCUAACUCGUAUUAGGGUGUUUGCCGUGACGAACAAGACGAAGUUCUAUUCGCUUCAUUCCCCCUCUUUUACGAUACGUGCUUUCCUUGAUAAUCUCAUCACUGCCUCUGAAUGUACAUGCCAUCAGCAUGCUUUUCCAGUGUAUAUUUCUUCCAUUCCCUUCACUCCUGUAUAUCAAUUAGAAUCUCGAUCAAAUUCAUAUUCUAUGUUCAGUUCAGCACGCGAGUUCUUUCCAGGAAAAUGGCGCUAGCGUUUCUGCUAACCCCAAUUGACGCCACUUUAUGUAAAUGCCGGUACAGAUUAAUUACAUACUUCCAUGUGCUUACAAGCAUAAACCCUUUCCAUUGCCUAUAUAUCCUCGUAAUCGUUCGAGUCUCAGGUAUGUCGUCUGCCACCUUACCGCUACUCAUGUCCAGCCCAAGUCAGAGUACUCGAGUUGCCAAUGGGUACUCAGCACAGUCAUCACAACCGAACACACCCCCAGAUGAUUUUUUCGACGAAUUUCCGCCCAAGUGGAAUGCUCCAAAACCCUUUAUUUCUCGGCAUAUCUUCCAAAUAUGCUGCUUCAUAUUCACCUGGCGCAGCGAUCUGCACUGGUUACACGACCUCUUGAAAGAAGGAAACGCCUGGGAAGAGCUGCAUAGUCGAUAUCUGACCCAGCUCAAUCAAGUGAGCACAGUGCAAGGACUCGUGCUUGCCACUGCGGCGGUCUUUAUCUCCUCAAAUCCGCCACUUGCAAAAGAUGUCAACUAUAUAUCUAAUGCAUCUUACGCUUGUUUGGCAGAGUCGCUUAUCUUUUCGUUGUUUGGGCUAUUGUUCCAGUUGAAGGUAUCUGCCUCCGGAAUCAUUUUUCAACAACGUAGUGCUGCAAAAAUCAUAAUCGAGAGGCGCUGGAGAAUAUUCUGGCACCUCCUGGGUUUGGUAGUACCAAUCAUCAUCUUUACCAUAUCAGUGGUGCUUUUGCUCAUAGCCAUCGUGCUCACGGGGUUCGCAUCUCACUCCGAAACUGUCCGAAUUUAUCUGAGCAUAACAUUCACUUUCCUUGCCACUUGUCAUUUGGUGUCGAUUCUGGGUUCACCAUUCUACCACCAUUUUUCAAACCUAUGGAUCCAUAUUCUUCGCACCGAGAGUGGCGAAAAACCUCAGGAAGAUGUCGAUGCUUGAAGAUUCGGUGCUAGAGGUUCGGCAAGGGUACUGGCAGGUUUUCCAGUAACUAUCGAUCACUCCUCCGAUUGGGCAUUGAGUGGUGGCGCUCCUUCUAUAGAUCUACCAUAACUAACACGGUGCCGGAAACGGACUCGUCUGCGGAUGUCUCCGGCACCACCCGUCCAGCUGAGCGCAGCCUUAUUUGCCUGCCCCUACUUCAUUCUCUCGAUCACGAACUCGAACUCGUCCACACUCUGGAUCUACACUCUUUUGAGCACUCCCUUUUCUCUGAUAUUCUGUUUUACAAACAUUCAUUCCUUCCCGCGGUUACUUUAUAUACAUUUCAUAGCACACCAUUAGUUAUCCUUCGUUCGACACAAUUCGAUUGCCGUUCUCAGUCAACCGUCAUGUUUAGCCGCAGAACUCGGUUACCUCGCAGUGCUAAACAUGAACAUUGGCCAGUCACAGUC